UGGAUACCUCUAUUCUUGUGAACCUCCAAAUCUCCCCAGAUCUGGCAUCCACUCAAGCAGUCCUUUUGUACCCUAACACAAUCUACUCCCCACAACGCCACUUCAGUGGGCGAUAUGGUGCUCGAUCCAAUCACGGCUAUUGGCGUCGCAGGCAAUAUCAUUCAAUUCGUCGAAUUCGGUUGUCGUUGUGCAAGCAAUUUCCAUACGAUCUGGCAGGAGGGAACAUUACCCUCUUUUCGAGAGCUGGAGGCAGACUCAAAAUGUCUGGAAGGUCUGACUAUACGGCUGCAGACAUCUCCGCCCAGCAAGACAGUCCAGGAUGCCGCUGCCUGGGAAACCGGUAUUCUGCAAGCAAACGAACGCUGUCAAGAUGUGGCGGUCCAGUUGCGCAAUGUCUGCGACAAAGUCAACGCUCUGAACGGCAGAAGGUUCAAAGCACUGCGUCAAACCAUCCGUACUCAGAUAAAGGAAAGAGAGAUACACGCACUUAGAGAGCAGCUUGAAGCCGUCAAAACUCGGCUCACUCUGCACUUAGUUGCGUAUCUGAGCGUCCAGCGCCAAAGUGAGCUUCAGGAAAUUGCCCGCGUGAGCAAGACCGCUGCAGAAGCGUUCAAGGCUGCAGUACGAAAGGAUUGCAGUCAUUUGUCUACGCAACUUGAUGAUCUGAAAAGUGCCGUUGGUCAUGGAACUUCCACACUCCAACAAGCCGUCCAUGACUGGCAACAGAAGCAUGAGACUGAGCUUGCUGAGACAUCGGUGGAGAUUGUGGAAGAGACCAAACGUAAACUGACCGAAGAUGCUACUCAGAAAAUGCUGGCCAGCCUCUACUUUGUUCAGAUCGAAGAUAGGCGGGAUAUGAUAACGGAGACGCAUGCGACCACCUUCGACUGGAUCUUCGACGGUGAUUGUCUCUGCAACAACCAUGACGUGACAUUCAGCGAUUGGCUCAGGGGAGAACAACCACAAAAUGGACUAUUCUGGAUAAGGGGCAAGCCAGGUUCUGGAAAAUCGUGUCUGAUGAGCUAUGUAUCAACACAUCCCAAGCUGUCUGCUCCAUUACAGGAAUGGGCUGGCAGCAAUGAACUACUCCUGGCCAGUGCCUUCUUCUGGAUAGCGGGUACAACGCUUCAGAAGUCCCUGAUUGGCAUGCUUCGGACUUUGUUGUAUCAGUUCUUGGAGAAAAAGCCACAUCUGAUGCAGAUCGCACACCCGGAACGAUGGCGAGCAUACUAUUGGCAUCAAGCCAGCCUCGACGAAUGGUCCGAGCAAGAGCUGAGGUCCGCACUUGGGCGAUUGUUUGGGGAUGCGUCCGAUACUGUUUGCUUCAUGAUUCUGGUGGAUGGCUUGGACGAGUAUCAAGGGACUGAAGCCCAGCAUAAAGAUUUGGUCAAUUUCUUUGUCCAGAUUACAUCGCAAUACAGGAACAUCAAAGCUUGCCUUUCGAGCCGACCAUGGUUGAUCUUUGAAGAAGGCUUCAAACGAUAUCCGAGUCUUAGCCUACAUGAUCUAACAGAAGGCGACGUGGCAACCUAUGUGCGAGAUCAUUUCAAGAUGGACGAGAACUUUAGCGAAUUGCGUAACAUGAAGCCUGAAGAGUGCGACACCUUGGAACAGCAGAUCGUGGACAAGGCAUCGGGAGUCUUUCUGUGGGUUGCACUUGUGGUAAGAGACCUACUCCAGUGUCUCCAGGACGGCAACGCCAUUUCAAGUCUGUUCAAGAAGCUGGACUCGAUCCCAGCCGAAUUGGACGGGUAUUUCAUGCAGAUCAUCGAGUCGAUCACGGUCUCGGAUCGCGCUGCUGCGGCGAAGAUACUCUUGCUCGUCAUGACGCUCCCAGUGCGUUACAGGACCAUAAUGACUCUCUCCUUCAUCGAAGAAGAGCAGGAAGACUACGCCUUGCACCUGGCUAGAGAAGAUUUCAGUCGGCAAUCGCUCGAGUACCGAAUAUCGUUGAUGAAGAGACGACUGAAGAGCAAAUGUAAGGGUCUUCUGGAGGUUGGAGCUGGGCUGAGUCUGCCAGCUUGCAACGACUGGCGGAUUGAGUUUAUGCACGGUUCCUUUUACGAAUUCUUCUGCCAAAGCACAGAAGUACGCGAUCGUCUGAGGGAGUAUGCUUGCGGGUUACCAGAUGUGUCACGGUAUUUGUGUAACGCACUGCUUGUACAAGUCCUUGCACUGGUCAACUUGGGCGUGUUUACUGUAAGCAAUUUCGAGACCAUUGUCGUUGAAGAAGAUGCAUUGGCGUCCGCGGUUGCGUUCCUCUACUAUGCCUCCAAGAACGAGCGCGAGACUGCUUCGCUCCCGCUGAGCCUAUUAGCAAUUCUUCGGCACUUGUUGGUCGAGCACUGGCCGGCCUGGAACGUCCGCUGCGCGAGCACAAGCGCCCUCCAGUACGAGGCUGAAAACACUCUCCAAUUGUUCACAGGAUGGAAGGGACAGAGCAGUGACUUCCUCAAGCUCGCUGUCCAAUACGGCCUGAGCCGCGCUGUCGCUGCGGAACUAAAAAUGGAGCCCCCGAAGCCUGCAAACGACUGGAAUCUGGACGAACUUGUGAGGCUGUCGUUGGAGCCAGUCGCCCACUGAGCAGACCGGGGGCAUACCGUCACCCCAGACGUUGACCAUCUUACUAAACAUCGCCGAGCCGACCCGUGUUGACGAGCACGGUAAGCUGUAUUGGUUCUGCUUGGCUGACAAAUCCCUCAAAGUGGCCAAUGUGCUUUUUCAAUGUAAAGAGGAACCCCACAGUGAGAAAUUAGGAGAUGAAUGGGCAGAUGUAGUCGCAUUGCUCAUUG